CAAACACGUGCCAACUGUCAAGAAAUCAACUGUAAAUCGACCUACAUACGUUAUAAAUUGAAUUUAAUACCAAAAAAAAUCAACGAUAAUAGGCCCUAAUUUUCGGUACCAUGGCGCUGUUGACGCAGACUUUUACGGCUGCACCGACCAACAACUCUAUCGACCUCCGUCUCACCGAGCUGGACCGUUUGCUGAGUCGACUGCAGCAGUCUGCCCUGCGUGCUAGCGCCGAGAGGCAAAAGUUACUCCUGUCGAAUGCGUUUGCAAGAGAAAAGUUGUCCACGAGUAUUGAACAUGCUCGCACACAGCUGAGUGGGUUGGAGCGGGAUGCUCUGGGGGUCAAAAUCCAUGCGCACCGCCAGGGACUUCAGGCUGACCUCACUCGCAAGAGAGAGGUUGUGGAGGAGCUGUUUGAGAGGAUGAGAGAUCUGGAAGAGAUGGCGGGGAGCAUGUCAAAUGGCGACAAAGAUGACGACGAUGACGAAGACGACGGUGGCGAUGACGUCUUGAGUGCAAUCGGUGUUUCGACGAGCAGCGGCACAGAUGAGGUCAUUCCUACCCCGAGCGAGAGCAUGGACUCGACGUCAGCCGAUUCUGGCAUGCAUGGCGUCGAGCCCACGGCAGCAAUGAUUCCAUUACAGGAUCAGGGACAUGAUGAAGGGGGCGAUGGACCGGAUCAUGCCGCAGUUCCUCCCGUCCAAAAGGCACCGGAAACUACCACUACUCAAUCGAUACGGUCGCGGGGUGGAAACCAAUCCCCCUCGGGCAGCGGGCAGGACGCCAAGUCGACGGCCGCGGCAACCACGACGGGCCACAACCUGUUUGGCAACCGCGAGAGGGAGGCCGGCGCGCUCACGACGGCCACCACCGAGGCGAUCCUCGACCAGCAGAGGGCCGAGCAGGACCAGCUGUCCGAGUCCAUGGUCAAGAUGGCGAGGAGCCUCAAGGAGUCGUCGAGGGCAUUUGCCGCCUCGCUCGAGGAGGACCAGGCCGUGAUGCAGCGGGCCGGCGAGGGCCUCAACAGGAACGAGCUCGGAAUCGAGGCCGCCACCAGGAGGAUGGGCACACUCAGGAAGAUGACCGAGGGAGAGGGCUGGUGGGGCCGCAUGAGGCUGUACGCCAUGGUCUACGGUCUCAUGGUCACUCUGAUAUUGUUUGUCUUUGUCAUUCCGAAGCUCCGCUUCUAGCCUCUGUCUUGAACUUUAUGGGACCUUUUACAAUUACUAUAAUCAAUGAUGACCUUGCAAAUCAUGCCAUCAUCCUGGCUGACGUCUUUCGACUUGCUAUCCCGGCGUAGAGACCUCCAGUUGAGGGUUUGCAACGUCCUGCUACCAAGUCAGCAACAAACACUGC